AUGAAAACUAUACAAGAGGAUCCAUUACCAGAAGGUUGGGAAAUGCGAUACACAGCAGAGGGUGUUAGAUAUUUUGUUGAUCACAACACAAAAACUACCACAUUCCAAGAUCCCAGAGACGGUCCUCCUAAAGGCCCCAAGGGAGCAUAUGGUGUGCCUAUCCAGUGUGAACGUAGUUUCCGGUGGAAACUGGGUCAGUUCCGCUACCUGUGUCAAUCCAACGCCUUACCAGGUCGUGUUAAGGUCACUGUUUCCAGAGAUAACCUUUUUGAAGAUUCCUUUGCUCAGAUAAUGCGGUUACAACCAUUUGAUUUACGACGUAGACUAUAUAUUAUUUUCAAAGGAGAAGAAGGUCUUGAUUUUAGAGGAGUAGCAAGCCUGUACGCUUUGCUCAGUAGGGAGAGUACAGAUAUAUGGGUCGAGGGGACUAGAGCAUUUUACCAUGAGAAAUUUAUUGACAGUGGUUUUACCUUGCCGUUCUAUAAAAGAAUGUUGAACAAGAAGUUAAUACUGAAGGAUCUGACAUCCAUUGAUACAGAAUUUUACAACUCCUUAAACUGGAUCAAAGAUAAUGACCUUGAGGAAUGUGGUUUAGAGUUGACAUUCUCCGCAGACUUUGAAGUUCUUGGAAAGAUAAGUCAGCAUGAGUUGAAAGAGGGAGGAGCUGAUAUAGCAGUCACAAAUGAAAACAAAGAGGAAUAUAUCAAUUUGAUGACAAACUGGAGAUUCACCCGAGGAGUAGAAGAACAAACAAAAGCUUUCUUGGGCGGUUUUAGUGAGGUUGUACCACAGCAGUGGUUGCAGUACUUUGAUGAAAGGGAAAUUGAGUUGAUGUUGUGUGGUAUGCAGGAGAUAGAUGUUGAUGACUGGGAGAGAAAUACCAUAUAUGGACAUUACCAGAGAAACAGUAAACAGGUGGUCUGGUUCUGGAAGUUUGUUCGUGAGCUGGAAAAUGAGAAGAGGACAAGGUUGUUACAAUUUGUAACAGGAACCUGCAGACUUCCUGUUGGAGGUUUUGCUGAACUCAUGGGGAGCAAUGGGCCACAGAGAUUUUGUAUUGAAAAAGUGGGCAAAAAGACAUGGUUGCCUCGCAGUCAUACGCGUUUUAACCGAAUAGACUUACCGCCGUAUCGCAGUUAUGAACAACUUGUUGAAAAACUGACUCUAGCUAUUGAAGAAACAGGUUUCGGACAGGAAUAGCAAAACUCGUCAUGUGAUUGUCAACAUUCUGUUGUAAUUUGUAUAUAUAUAUAUAUAUAAUCUAUGAACUCUGCUCAUAAAGGCUUCUCAUGCUAUGAGAGGUAAUUGUUAUAACAGUUACACAAAGCAUAAUUGUUGCAAGGAAACUAAACCAAAUUGUAGAGAUAUUUCAAACAUAAUUUUAUAUUACGGUCAAGAUAGUCUUGACAGUGAGGACAGGGAUUGGAAAAACAUCGAAACUGUUCUUGGUGGUGUUAACAGUUACAUUGUAAUGAUGGAAAAUGGCAGUUAAGUUUUAAGUUUGACUGAAUAAAGCUUUAGCAUGAUGUUUUUAAAGUAUGAAAUUGGUUUCUAUAAAUCAGAGGUAAUAUAAGUGAAUAUAGACCGGUUAACCAAAUGUUUAACUUACCGUAUAUAUAAUAAGAUAACUUAUAAAAGUGUGCUUUCCACAGAAGGAUUGAAAUAAAAUUGUUUAAAAAAACAAGAGUUACAUGUCAAAGAUGAAUUUGUUACGACCUGUUGUAUAAUUUUAUUGGUUACAGGAAUAGAUAUGUUUCUGUUAUAAAAACAUGUAUUGUUGAUAUGUUCGAAGUCCAUUUUUAAAACUUAUCAUUUACAUUUAGGUUGAAAUAUUUUGGAAACUUUCAUGUAAACUGAACAAGAUAUCAGAUGUAUGUUUUCACAUUGACAGAUAAAAGAAUUGAUAACCGUUUUGAAUAUUCAUAAAAAUCCUUAGAAAUUCAUAGUUAUUAAAAAUGUGUUGGACACUUUAUUGUCAAGACAUUAGCUAACACUUAACAGAAUACAUAUGUCAACAGUUUCAUACCAAGGCGACUCUCACAAAAUACUAUUUUGAAUGUACUUUUUUAUCGGAAAAUGUGUGAAAUAGUCUGUUGAAUUUAUGACUUUUAUAAUUAUAGUAGUGAUAGUCUGAAAUUAUAUUGGCAAAAGAAUUGUAUUAUUAAGAAGCAUUUCUUAUAAACCCAGAUUUACAUUCGAAAAAAGUGAUUUCAGUUAGCAUCAAAUAGCAUUCUGAAAAACUUUAUUUUUUUCACCAAGGUUUAAUUUUAUGGUAUAGUAGUUUUUCAGUCUAUGAAAUUCCAGUUUCCUUCUGAAAACUUGAUAAUUGUAAUUAAAGUAUUUUUACUUGAAAAAAUGUUUUUAGAGGCAUACAGUAACAAAGAAAAAAUAUUUUUAUGUUAAUUGAUAUCAUAUAUUAAGUAUGUGAAGUGUUUACACAUUUCAUUACCUCUCAUGAACAGACUCAGUUAAACCGAGUCAGUUAUUAUUCUUCUUGGUUGCAUUUGUUGCUUCCAAAGGAUCUGUUUACAGAUUUUAUUAUUUUGGUGCUCAUGAUUUAUGUACAGAUUAAUGGAGAGUACUAAAUUUAUAAUUUAAUUUUACAAGAAUUUCAACACCAUUGCAAGGCAACCUUGAUUGCACUUGUGGUCAUGCAGCAUUUUGCAAUGUGACUAGAAGGCUGAAUUUUGAAAGAGAGAAGUAAAACUGAUAAUCAAAGAAAUGUGUCCCAGUUUGAAAAUGGAAUUCAUUCCCUGGAUUUUGGUUACACCUUUAUAUGUAGAUUUCCUUUGUUUAAUUGAAAUCUUAGUAUAAAAUGGCACUUUAUACUCUGUAAUUCAUAUGAUGAUAUCUUAUUGAAUAAUUUAUGAAUGUAAAAUUCCUUUUAUUAACUUUAAAUUAUAAGCUCAUUUAUUUGUUGUUAAAUUUUUACACAGUUGCUUUAUAAUGGUUAAAUGGAUAGUGCCUGUAUUCAGGAUACCAGUAAGUGUGCACUAAAAUAUAUAAACAUUGGAAUUCAUGUUAUUGUAUACCUGUCUUUUUCAUGUCCAAAUAAUCAAAUGCAUUUGCAAGACAUGACUGUACAGUAUAUUUCCAUAUUGGAUACAUAACAAAUUUACUAUUCCCAAGUUGGAAAAUUCAGCUUGGGUAUGAAUUGUAUUCUACACACUGUUAAUUGUGUAUAAAUUAUUCAUGCCAUAAAUACCCAUUUAUAAUGCACACCCGCAUAUAAUACACAUCCCUGAUUUCAGCACAGAAUCCUGGGAAAAACAUUUCAAAAUGACUUGAGGUUUUCAAUUAAAACUGAUAACAAAAGGUGUGAUUGUACUUUGUUCUGAUCUGGUACAGAUGAAACGGCCAAUAAAUAUUGGCUACAGGUAACACCCUGUGUUAGUUUUGUUCUUCAUAGUUUGAUCUAUGUCAAAAAUGAUAAUCUUUCUUUAAUACAAUACCAGAAUGACAAAAAUCGUGAACAGAGUUACUCUGAACUUGGAAAACCUUUGUCUAAACCUAUGAAUAUUAUGAAUCCACAACUCUGUGGUGGUCCAACAGGUAAAAAUAACUAUUCUUUAUACUCUAGUACUUAAGUAAUCAGUAAUUUUAAACCCCUGAAUUAUCUGGGUUUUUGUUUCUUCUAACAAAGUAAAAGAAACUUAAACAAAAACGGUUAUUUAACAUUUUCAUGUACAAUACCAGAUGUAUUUGGACUAUAUCCCUUAUGAAAAAUGAAAUAAGGCUCUCCUUUGGGCAGAGGAACUUAGCUCAGUAGGAAGAGCACAGAUGUGUGAGUUUGAUCCUUUGGUGAUUCUCCAUGACAUUUUGAUAAAAGACCUUGUCUCUGAAACCAUUCCUCCUCCACUUCUGAUUCAUGUAGAGAAGUUGGGAGUUACAUGUAAAGGACAGGUUAGUACAGAUAUAUUAUAAUCCAGGGACACUGGGCAGAUCGACUGUUCACCAUUUCAUUACCCUGAAAAACAGUUGAAAAAUAGCACUCAAAGAAGCAAACAAGACUCUGUGAAAUAAACAAAAUUUAUACAACUAUUUUAAGCUUAAUAAUAUCUAGUUUGAAGGGCUUGCUCUCCUGUUUUUGUAAAACCAACAAGUUAAGUGUUCAUGAUAGUUUCACUCAAUAUUUUCUCACGAAAGUAACCAAAAUAUACAUAUUGAAAAUAAACCUGAAAGUAUGAAAGAAAAUUUUUAGAUAAUACAAUUCAAAUUUAUUCAGUGUUCUUAAAAUGAUUUAAAGAAUAAAAGUUUGAGCCACACCAUGAGAAAACCAACAUAGUGCGUUUGCGACCAGCAUGGAUCUAGACCAGCCUGUGCAUCUGUGCAGUCUGGUCAGGAUCCAUGCUGUUCGCUUUCAAAGCCUUUUGCAAUUAGAGAAACCGUUAGCGGACAGUAUGGAUCUUGACUAGACUGUUUGGAUUCAAUAUAAUUUUGGUUUUCUCUUGGCACGGCUCAAUUAUGAUCAAAACUGUUGACUGAAAUGUUAGAUGUACUGCAUAGAUCUUCUUGAAAAGGCUGCUUGUAAUCUAUGCAAGAAAUGCUCAAUUAUUGUGCAUAUUAUAUGUUAGAUAAAUGGCUAAAUUUAUCCCUGAAACAUUUUCGUUCAUUUCCUUUUAAGCAUACAUUCUACAGCAUUUUAGUUUCCUUUAUUUGUAUAGAUAUAGUUUGUAUUACUGUCAAGGAAGUUUUACAUCACACACGUCAAAGCUGACUAAUUUCUUAAAAAUAGUCUUUUAAUUGAAUAUAUAGAGACAAACAUUCAUUUUCUAGAGAGUGCUUGUGUGUGUUUGAUAUGUGUGUAUGACAUUCAGGGCACAUUUUAACUGUUAGUUCAAAUUUGAACAGAACAAUUUCUAUUUAUAUAGAAAGCUAGAAAGAAAUUAUCUUUUAAACAGAUUGAAUGUUAAGGUCUUAAUGCAAGUGCUUAGAAGUGCUGCUUAGUUCGUUUGAUUUACAGGGUUCCCAUUAAACAAAUAAACAAGAUUUA